AAUUUAGUUUAAUUAAUUAAAAUACGCCUGCAAGUCUAUUUCCCCAGAAUUCUUGGGCUACACCAUCUUCCUGCCAGGCAUGGAGGUGCUCCCAGUCAAAAUCAGCAUCUUUUUUUAUCUGCAAAGAACUGUAAAAUACCAAAGACCUUCGUGUUUAUUAUCCAAGAGUUUUCCCCCAAUUUCAUCAUCUUGAUGAGCCACUGAAGAACGAACUCCAACUUGGGGCACAUUCCAUGGACAAACAACCGGAGAGAAUCCCUACAACAGAACUCUGCACCUAUUGUCCACCUAAUCAGUCCGUGUCAUGCUGCUUCCUGCUUGUCCAUGGGAGCAGCCACCAGUGACAGCUCCAUCUGUUGUUGUCUCCACUUGGCCAAACUCUGGACACUUCACACCACCAUUGAAGGGAGGUUUCAUUUGAAACAGGUCAAUGGAUAUGCUUGAGAUAUGAUGUUAAUGCAAACAAAUCAAUAUGCUAUUAAGUGCCCUGAAUGAACACAGCUGUUGGGAAAAAAGAAAAUCCCAGGAGCUGACAUUUACAGGCUGCUUCUGCAUCCACUACCCCACACCCAUUACCAACACCUCUGUCACCACCGCUGUCAAAGAUGCUUCCAGGACAUCUGGAACAGAAGCAGGAGAGUUGUUUUUCCCUCCUCCCAUUUUCCAUUUUUUUGCAAAUGCUUCCCACUGGCAGAACCUAACAGGAAGACAGCUGGCAGAGGAUUCUGGAAAAUCUAGUUUUGAUACAUAGCGGAACACAGACUUUAGACUCUGGUUCUGCCGUUGAUCUUUGCUUGACCUCAGCAGCAUCCAACUUUGACUUUGGUGCUUGAGGUUCUAGGCAGUAGUGCAAUGCCAGAAUGAUGCUUAGCUCUCUUGAUCAACCUUUUUGUUCGGUUUCGUUUUUGCUAAAAGACAUUGCUAGUGUGUUAUUUAAUAUUAACAUUAAGCUAAUGAGGAAUUGUUACUCUUUCACUUUGAAGGAAAUGUCUGUGCAAUACCGAAACGUCAUGUUUGCUAGUGUGAAUGUGGACAAUGCUCAGGAGUUGGCCCAAAUUUAUCACAUCAAAGCAAUACCCACAUUUCAGAUGUUCAAGCAAGCCCAGAAGGUAACCGUAUUCUCAAGAAUGAAAAGAGCAAUUUGCUGUUAUAGAAGUGAAUCCCUGAGCGAGCCGGUAAGUGAAACGGGAUCAAGACAGAGGCACAAGAGUGGGGUUUACUUUCAAGGAAUAGAACGAACCAUGAUGCCUGCAGGCACCAUGCUGCUAUAAGGGGAAGCAGAAUCAUUAGAUGUGGGCAUAGUUUCUUCUCUGCUGCACACUGAGCACUGACAUUAGUUCUAGACUUUUCUAACCCCUGCCCCCAAAGUCCUAACACCAUUUCUGGCUGCUGAAACCUCCCUCACUGGAAACUCAAGUCUUCACCCAAUCUCAGCCUCAUUUUACCCACACUUCCUUCUCUCCACCCACCUCAUACAACUGGUACUAAACCGAUCAUGAAUAGUUAAGGGUCUCUAACUUCCAUAUUUCAUCAAACAUAAGAUGCGCAUUGACAGAUGCACCAUUAUUUUAUCUCCUACUGAAAAGUGUUCCAAAUAAAAUAUACCAUCCCCUGUGAAAUGCAUCCUGAUUCAGAGAU